AUGUUAUCCCGAGCAGCAGUCCGCGCAUCCUCCACAACCUCAAUGGUCGCCCGCCGUGGCUUCCACUCCACCCGUGCUCAAAUGAGUUCACAAUACCAUUACCCUGAGGGACCACGAAGCAACCUCCCAUUCAACCCAAAAACGAAAUAUUUUGCGUUUAGAUACUGGGGAUUCAUGGCUGUUGGAUUUGGUGCUCCAUUCGGCAUUGCAGUGUGGCAAACAUACAAAAACCAAUAG